CCUUCAGGACAGCGGCCAAGAUGUCAAAGAGCUCCACUUCUAAGGCUUUUGCCGCCGCGUUUGUCAUUCUGGCGCUGGCUGCCAUUGGCAGCAUCGUCACCAUGAUCAUUAUAUACAACAUUCAGAUCACACCCAUGAACCCCUCACCUCGUCCGACCUAUCCUACCACGACUUUGGGACCGCCGCCUGCGAUGCGGCUGCCAACGAGUCUGGUCCCCGAAAACUACAAGAUCUUUCUACAAAUGGAUUUCUACUCCCAAAUCGUGGAGGAGGUGAAUGUCACGACUCCCAACCAAACCCUGCUGUUCUCCGGUACCUCCUUGGUACGCUUCCAUUGUGUGGAGAAGACCCAGAGCAUUUACCUGCACAGUCGGGACCUGCUAGUCUCUGACGCUGUGGUAAAGAACGAAGACGAGAACAAGAAGAUCAGUAUUCUGAGCAUGAAGCCUCACCAAGACCAAAGUGACUUCUUGGAGUUUCAGUUGAAGGAAACGCUGGAGAAAGGAAGGAAUUACAGCUUGUUGGUGUCCUUCAGUGGACACAUGUCAGACCAGCUCCACGGACUGUAUAUUAGCACCUAUGAUGAACGUCAUGCACGCUCUCAAAGUCCAUCAAACACACACAGAUUUCUUGCCAGUACAAAUCUGCAGCCGACAGCCGCCAGACGAGUGUUUCCUUGUUUUGAUGAGCCUCAAAUGAAAGCCGCGUUCGACGUCACCAUCGUUCACAGACGAAAGAUGACAGCGCUUGGAAACGCAGAAUCGUCUGGCUCUGAUAAUCUAGAAGACGACUGGACGUCGACUCGUUUCCAUUCAACACCAAAGAUGUCAACCUACCUUUUAGCGUUCACCGUUUCAGAGUUGAGGUCUUCCCCCGCCGCACAUGAGCGUGUCAAAAUUAAGAUAUUUGCUCGACCAGAGGCCAGAAGAGCCACCGUAUAUGCAGCAAACAUCACUGGACGUAUACUCAAUUUCUACGAGAAGCACUUUAAAAUUAAUUACCUUCAGAAAAAGCUAGAUCAAGUUGCGCUGCCCGAUAUAUCCGGCGCGGCGGUGGAAAACUGGGGACUGAUCACGUACGACGAGGGCGUCCUGCUGUACGAGUUGGGAGUGUCGUCACUCUUGCAUAAGGAAACAAUCUCCUAUUCCAUCGCACGUCAACUGGCUCACCAGUGGUUUGGAAACUUGGUGACAAUGAAAUGGUGGAAUGAAGUUUGGCUGAAAGAAGGCUUUGCUACGUACAUGUCAUCGCUGGCAUUGGACAACGUAGAACCGACAUUCAAAGCUGGUGAAAUGAAUAUCAUGAGUGAACUCCAUACAGCCUUUGAGCAGGACGCGCUGGCUUCUUCCCAUCCUCUCAGCGUCCCACACCAAGAUGUCCUGUCCACUCCACAGAUCACGGCCUUACUUGAUGAUCUCACCAACUUCAAGGGAGCUGUUGUGCUGAGAAUGCUGGCAGACGCUGUGGAUCAAAGAGUUUUCAACAAAGGGGUUGAACGGUAUCUCAGUGACUUCAAGUUUGGGAACGCCGACCAGAAUGACCUUUGGAAGUGUAUUCAAAAGGCUGUUCAUGAGGAGGGGGGCCACACCGACGUGGCCACGUUGAUGGCGACAUGGACUAAACAAAUUGGAUUUCCUGUCGUCACCAUCAACACCACAAACGGAGAAGUCUACCAGAGGCACUUCCUGUUCAACACUUCUGUGGAAUCCAGUCUGUGGUGGUUCAUCCCGAUCCGAGUCUCGUCAAAUACAUCUGCAACUUCUCUGGUGUGGCUGGAAAACGACAAGACAGUUAAGAAAGACCAAUUCGUCUCUAAGCAAGGAGAGUGGAUCUUGGCCAAUGUUGGUUGUGUUGGAUACUACCGGGUCAAUUACGACCCAAAUAACUGGGACCGCCUCCUCAUGCAGCUGCUAUCCAACCCCCAGCGCAUCCCAGUGAUGAACCGAGGGCAGCUUAUUGACGACGUCUUUAAUUUGGCAAGAGCCAACAGGGUGGAUGUGACUAUGGCUCUAAAUUUUACGGGGUUUCUUCGUAACGAGACAGACUACAUACCCUGGCAGUCUGCAGUUUGGAAUCUUGAGUACUUUGUUCUCAUGUUUGAUCGCUCAGAGGUGUAUGGACCAAUGCAGGCUUAUAUCCGGGAUCAAGUUAAAGGCUUCUAUGGCUUCUUCAGGAACUUCACUGACCACUCUGCUGUUCCACGGGACCAUUCCGAACAGCACAGCCAGAUCACAGCCAUCGAUGUUUCCUGUUCCAAUGGACUCCGAGAGUGCGUCCACAUGGCGACAACCAUGUUCCACAACUGGAUGAACAGCAACACCAGUGAAAACAAUAUCCACGCCAACUUGCGGUCUGUUGUCUACUGCCAAGCCGUGGCUGCAGGCGGGGAAAAGGAGUGGGAGUUUGCUUGGAACAAGUUCCAGAACAGCAAGGAAAGCUCGGAAAAAGACCAACUUCGUCGAGCUCUGUCCUGCACCAAGAAAAUCUGGUUGCUCAGCAGAUAUCUAGAGUACACUUUGGACCCUGAGAAGAUUCGACUAAUGGACGUCACCUCCACUAUCAGCGACAUUGCCAGGAAUGUCGCCGGACAUGGACUGGCCUGGAACUUUCUGAGAGCAAACUGGGACUACAUCAGUCAGGGAGACGGAGCCAAGCUGAUUGACCGCGUGACCAGGAGGUUCGCCACAGCGUUUGAACUUGAGGAGUUGGAGAACUUUGCCACCAACUACGAUCUGGGUUCUUCUUCCCGGGCGGUGGACCAGGCCAUUGAGAGGACCAAAGUCAACAUCCAGUGGGUGGCUGACAACAAGGCCACCAUAGGGGACUGGUUUCGAAGCAGAUCCGACUCAUAGACAAACAACUGUGGUUUGACUCCGUCAAACACAAAGUUCUUCUGAAUCCAGAAUAUGGAGAAUAAUUUCUGGACCGGAAGACGAAUCAAAUGGCUGAAGCACUUUUUCAAACAGUUUUCUCAAAUGAUUUCGGAGAUGUGGAUGAAUAUCAGGAAUUAAUGCAUUGUUGAUGUAUUUUUUUGUACUGCAGCUGAAAGACUUUGAUGAUGCUAGAACAGAUUUAAAAUAGCCAAAGAACACAAUAUUUUUAAAUUAAUCAUGUGUUGCUAGCAUGUUUUAUAAGACAAGAAUGUUUGUUGUAGUCCAAUUAUUUGCGUGUGUAGCUGACAUGACGCAGGACAGGAUUCGAACCCAGAUUAUUACCCGGUUCAUUCACGUCACGAUGGGCAGCACCUGAAUCAUAUUUAUGCUUCUUGUUAUUUUAUCAGGUAAUAUCUUCACAGAUUGAUGGAAAAGGUGUACAGUCAGUAUGUAUUUAUUUGCAAAAUAAAAUAAAAUGUUUUUUUUUUUAUUCUUUUGGACCUUUUUGCUGCAUAGACUCAGCAAUCCCACCAAAUCUGACCAUGCAUUAGUGUCAAUGUGCUCAUUUUCUUUGUAUGGUCUAAAACUGUCUCUCUCAACCACCCAAAAAAUGUCUGUUUCUCAGCUGUGGUCCGUAUGGGACUCAGUUGUAAUACACCGUUCACCAUUUGUGGCAGUAAUAAGCCAGUCAGUUAACUGACAAAAAUAUAAAAUAGGAUAGACCAGGGGUGUCAAACGUACGGUGAAUUACAGCUUUUAUCCGGCCCGCGGGAUGAGUUUAAGUAUAAAAAUGAGCCGAAAUUUUAAAUGAA